AUGUGUAUAAGAGACAGGGAUCUUUCUGAUGGGGAUCUUUCUGAUGGAGAUCUUUCUGAUGGGGAUCUUUCUGAUGGAGAUAUUUCUGAUGGAGAUCUCUCUGAUGGAGAUCUUUCUGAUGAGGAUCUUUCUGAUGAGGAUCUUUCUGAUGAGGAUCUUUCUGAUGGGGAUCUUUCUGAUGGAGAUCUUUCUGAUGGAGAUCUUUCUGAUGGAGAUCUUUUUGAUGGAGAUCUUUCUGAUGGGGAUCUUUCUGAUGGGGAUCUUUCUGAUGGAGAUCUUUCUGAUGCAGAUCUUUCUGAUGGAGAUCUUUCUGAUGGAGAUCUUUCUGAUGGAGAUCUUUCUGAUGAGGAUCUUUCUGAUGGGGAUCUUUCUGAUGGAGAUCUCUCUGAUGGAGAUCUUUCUGAUGGAGAUCUCUCUGAUGGAGAUCUUUCUGAUGGAGAUCUUUCUGACGGUGUUCUUUCUGAUGGGGAAGCGUACACUGAGAGAAAUAAGUGA